AGAAUCAAUACUACGACAACUCAACAAAUUGUCGUUAGCCAAAGCAAAAUCCCAAACCACCGCCUCACAAAAAAUGAAGACCUUAUUCUUUCUCCUCCUACUCUGCUCCCUUUCGCUCACACUCCCCACUCUCUCCCACGCCACCACCGCCUACCCUUCCGUUCCCGGCACCGCCUCCGCCGACUGUUCUUUCUCCGACGGCGACACCGCCCCUCUAAUUCCCCCUCGCCACGAAGUUUAUGGAAAUGGCCGAAUCUUCGACAUCACCCACCGUAUCACCACGGCGAUGCCGUCGUAUUUCUCCCCGGACGGCGUGUUGGGCCAGUUCCUGUGGCUCCCCCACAGCAUGAAGAACGGCUCUAUCGCAAACAUGUCAGUUUUCAAGCUUCCUACUCACACCGGCACGCAUGUUGAUUCACCCGGACACUUCUUCGAUCACUACCUCGAUGCUGGCUUCGACGUCGAUACGCUUGACUUGGAGGUGCUUAAUGGUCCAGCAUUGUUAGUUGAUGUUCCGAGGGACAAGAACAUAACUGCUGAAGUGAUGAAGUCCUUAAAUAUUCCAAAGGGAGUAGGUCGUGUGCUCUUCAGAACAUUAAAUACUGACAGACGGCUUAUGUUCAAAAAUCAGUUUGACACAAGCUAUGUGGGAUUCAUGAAGGAUGGAGCCAAGUGGUUGGUGGAGAACACAGAUAUCAAACUUGUUGGAAUUGAUUACUUAUCUGUUGCUGCAUUUGAUGAUUUGAUUACAUCCCACCUUGUUUUUCUAGCAAGCAGGGAAAUCAUCCUCGUGGAAGCCCUAAAACUUGAUGACAUCCAACCAGGAAUAUAUUCUGUCCAUUGCUUACCUUUGAGGUUGCAAGGUGCAGAAGGAUCACCAAUCCGAUGCAUUCUUAUCAAAUGAGCAGACUCCUUUUAUAUCCUUGAAACAGCAACAGCCCCUGGAAAAGUUGCAUAGCAAUGAAACGGACGCUGUCCGUGUUCUUGCAAGGAGCGGAAAAGAGACGUGAGAAGAAGAAACAUAAUGUACCAUAUGCACACGAAUACCGUAGUAGUCAUGUUAAUAGCCUGUAAGCAUUAUAUGAAACAAGAAAUGUAAUGUAAUGUGACUGAAGGAGGUGGUUGUUGAUUCAUUAAAUAAAAAAACCUCCACCUUACCAUCAUAUGUGCAAGUCAACAGUGGGGCUUGAAUUUGUAAGGGUUCAUGUAUUUGUAUCCAACUUAUUUCCAAGUAAACCCUUCUAAGUAAA